AUGCCAAUGUACGAUGAUGAAAAUAAACCAUGGGGAAAAGCAGACGUUGAAAAACUAACUCAAGCAGUUGGAAAUUAUGGGGAGGAUUGGACAUUCAUUUCUGAAAAAAUUUUUUUAAAUUUAAGAUCAGGUCUAGCAAUAGCAGAAAAAUGGACGCGCAUAAGAUCAAAAUUAGGUGUUAAAGAAUCAAAUGCAAAAAAGAAGAUCAAAUUAGAAAAUGGUGAAGUCAGAGUAAUGGAUUCCAAAAAUGGUCAAAUUAAAAAUAGUGUUUCGGAUAGGACGUUCCAUAACCCAUCAAAAAAAGAUGAGAUGUCUUUAAUUGCUUCCAAUCAAUACUUUUCAGGGUCAACAAUUUCCUCGCCAAGUGACUCUGAGCAAGAGUCAGGCUAUCAAAGGAAAAUGCCAACUCCUGUAAAACAAGCAUCUAUGCGUAUUAAAACUAAAAAUAGUUGGACUAUAGAAGAAGAAGAUCGACUUGUGGAAGCCGUUAGCAUUCAUGGCACUAAUUGGAAAUAUAUAUCGGAAAACUUUUUUAACUCUCAAAGAAAACCAAACACUUGUUCUAACAGAUACCGACAGAUUCACAACCGAUAUGAUAGUCUUGCAAUAUCUCCAUGUGAAAGAGCUAAGGGUAUAAGAAGUCAAAAUGUAGUCCAAUCACCUGUUGAACAAAAGCAUGACGAGACAGAAGAUACAAUGACAGGAUCAAGUAUAUCAACAAUUAGUGAAUUUUCACCCAGCUGGGAUCAGGAAAUGUCUUUUUCAUUAUCACUCAGCCAAGAUCAAGAAGUAUCUUUGUCUAUGGUGAAUGAAAUAAAUUCUUGGACUGAUAUGGAAGAUGAAGUCCUUCAAACUGCCGUAUUAUUAUAUGGUGACAAAGAUUGGGAUAAAAUAAAAAACAUUUUACCACACAGAAAACAAGUAGAGCUUGUUUCUCGUUGGAUAAUGUUAAAAGAAAAGUAUCGGUUUAUGUUACCUUCAGACUUGCAUUCUGAGCCUAAAAUAACCGUUCCAUUUACUGAAGAAGAGGAAGACCUUUUAUCUCUUGGUGUUGCAUUUGAAGGAUUUAAAAAUUGGCAUAAAAUUGCUCAAGAAUUACCUAGACGCAGCCUUUCUGACAUGAUUAUUCAAUGGAAUAUAUUGACACAAAGGAAACGCGACAGAGAAACAUACAAAAAAAUGCAAGAUGUACAUGAGCCGAUAGAAGGGUCUCAACCUUCACGAGCAGAAGACAAUAAAACCUAUGAUAAAGGAUUAUAUGAGCACUUUUAUUUAUUAAAUAAUAAAUUAUUGUUAGCAGAUCCCUGGGGUAUAAAUGUCGACGAGAUUGAUUAUUCCAAAGUUCUUAGUCCAGUUGGGGAAUGGGAUAAAUAUAUGAAGCGUGUCGCAGAACUGCAUCCAAAUGAUGCGAUGAAUAUAACUAAUG